CUAUCCGACAGCGGAAUAACGGACUCGAGACCGGCGGAGCAGACAAUUUCAGGCAAUGAAAAUAGAUCCUCCUUACCACUCAAAGAUGGAAAAAAUCCGCUGCCAGAGAAAGCGCUUUGUGAGAUUCUGGACAAACUGCAAAAGAAGGACUUGUAUGGGGUGUUCUCUGUUCCAGUGAAUCCUGCUGAGGUUCCGGACUAUUUUGACGUCAUUUCUCACCCCAUGGAUUUCAGCACCGUGAGGGGAAGGGUCGCAAAGAAACUUUAUACGUCAUGGCGCCAAUUCGAGGAUGACGUGUCCUUGAUCUGGAAGAAUGCCAUGAUCUAUAACGCCGAGGGGACCAUUUAUUACAAGCAGGCUAAAGCUAUGCAAGGAAUGGCUCAGAAGAUUUUUCCAGCAGCAGGUUCCAACGAGAUUUACCCAAGAUCUGGAUUUGGAAGGGGAUUUCGAGGUCGUGGAAGGGGAAGAGGUCAACCCGGUCGUCCUAAAAGGAUUCCUCUAUCUGAUCCUGCGCAGAAGGACACUCAGUCCGGUCGUAGAUUUUUGGGCCAGAGAAAGGAUGCCGUUCCGUUGGUGGAUGACAAGCAAGAUCGUCUGGUGUUUGGGAUGGAUGAACGAUCGGAGGUAUCACUGUCAGAGGACAUUGCGCAGACUAAGCCUGCACAGAGGAUAUUGGGGAAAGGCAUGGAGAAAGGGGAGCUAUUGAAUAGCCAGAGCCAACCGAAAUCAAGUUACCUAGGAGGCGAUGAUUCUGGUAACAAAGUGUCCCGGUUGAAGAACUACAAGGUCUGCCGCAGAGCAACAUCCCCAAGUGGCGGGAAGCACCUAUCCUUCCGCUCCUGGAGACACUUAGCGCGAUUUGCGUCGCCCCUUGGCUCGUUGGUUUGGGAAGUCGCUGCAGAGAAAGUCAAGCAGACCCUUCCUUCGGAAGUUCCUUUUGGUAGAGGAUGGAUUGGCCUGGAUGACCCCUUGCAGUCAUUGCAGUCAUUGAAUCAUGAGGGCGAGUCGGCAAGGAGGGUGUUGAAGGGCCAGAAGGAGGGGGUCCCUGACGUUUCUGUGGAUGAUGUAAAGCAAGCCUCGAAGCAACCUGUGAGGACAGCAGCUAAGACUUCUGCAAGGCCCGCCAAAGGUCUGAGGAAGUCUGCCUCUCCACAUCCUGGAUCACUGACUAAGUUGCAGGUUUGUUCUGAGGCAGCUGCGGCAGCUCCCAUUGAGACCGCCCACUCAAAAUCCGUUAGCGAUGGGGCUCCUGUGUCUUCAACCUCGGAGUCUGUCCAUGGGCCCAAAGACAUUGACCGAUCGUCAGGCAUGCUCCACAUGCCACACUGGUUUAACGGUGCAAGCAGACCUGGAGCAGGAUUCUCUUCGCCUCCACCUACAGCAGCUGUAGUUUCACCGAUAUCUGCACAGGAGGCCUUAAGCGGGCCGCGUGGGGUUUCUACAGGAAGCCCCUCUGAAGCUGGGUCUCUUAGUCUGAGCAAUGCAGCGAUCCAGACGCUGCUGAAUUCAUGUGCAGGUGCUGCUGAUCACGUUGAUCGCAGCAGCGUUUUGGCAAUGCGUGCUUCAGCUGUUGCUGCUCUGCAGGCUGCGAACUCUGCCAGACAAGGCCAGUCAGUCCUCUCUGCUCAGGCUCUGCAGUCGCUCAUGCAUGCACCUCAAGGCUCUGCUGAUGUCGAAACUCCCACAAAGCCCCUUGGUUCGGCCCUUAUGGGAGCUUUGAAUGCCCUGUGGUCUCAGAAUGCGUCCACCUCAUCACCUGGUGCUCCUGCAAUCACUGCAGCUGCUUUUGGGAAGCAGGGUCUGAAUUCGCUGCAUCGGCUUGGUGGGUUGUCAUCCCCAGUAAGAGCUGGUUCAACCUCAUCGUCUGACCCUGGAGACAAGAACGCUGCAGACCAUCUGAACAAAAUGGUAGAAGGCCAUCAUGCAGUGUUUUCUCAGAAUGGCUUGAAAAAUAGUCCCCUCUGGGCGGCUCUUGAGGCUGGAAAGAUUGAUGGUCUUCUGGGGAGCCCUCUCAAUUCAAGCAAGGGUGCUUCUGUUGGAGAUGGCAGUGGAGCCCAAGCUGUAGCAACCUCCAACCAAGCUGCACAAGCCCUGGCUGCCUCUGUCUCAAAAGGAUCAUGGCCGGGUGGUCUUCCAGGCAAUGCAUGGCUUGCUGAAUUUUCAUCCCAGCAACAGCAAGCAGCGAACGCGACUGCGUAUGGAUCUCUCAAUGCUCUUACGCCCGCAACACUUGCUGACGUCCUGCAGCAGCAACAAGGGACUAAUCCAUCAACAUCCUCGUUGAGACCUGGUUCUUCAUCAGCUGCUCGGAGCAUGAUGGCUGCCCUGGAUAAACUGAAGGCUCAUCAUGGCCUUCACAGCAAUUCGGCUGGGUCGUCGUUCUCAUCUGCUGCAUUCAGUGCAGCAGCUGCAGCUGCGUCAAACCAUGCUUCUGCCUCUGCAUCUGCUGGUUUACCCGUUGCUGAUGGUAGCAUGGCUGCCGCAACUGCACAGCCUCCCGCGUCGUCCGGUCAAAACGAGGAUGCGGGCCCGUGGACCGUUUCAAACGAUUAUCCCGAAGAUUACGUCCUUGUGUCGACGGAUCCUGAAGAUCUCGAGGCGACGCUGAGGCGAAUCGCGGAGGAGAAUGAGAUCCUCAAGAAGAGGGUCGAGGAGGCGACGGCGGCGGCGACGGCGCAAGCGGUCCAAGUCGCGGGGGAGCGCAAGGCGGGAGUUGACGUCACUCGGCCGCGAGCGGGUGCUGUGGCUCCGUCUGCUCCGCCGCCAGACGUCGCAGCGGUAAUCGCUGCGUCGUCUGCGUCGCCUGCGACGGCUGGUGCUCCCGCUGUGGCGCCUCCUCCCCCGUCUCCAUCUCCUGCUGCUCCUGCUGAAGAGAAGACCAUGCCAGUCGCCGCAUCUGCCGAGUCGCCGGGCGACGCAGCGACGGCGUCGCAGCGGAACGCGGAGCUGGAGAGGGACAGGGAGAGCGCCAAGCACACGGCGGAGGGGAGCGAUGGGCCAAUCAAGAAGACUGAGAACCCCAUCAGCAUUGUCUUCGUGGCAUCCGAAGUGGCGCCCUACUCCAAGACAGGAGGCCUUGCUGACGUCACGGGCUCGCUCCCAUUGGCUCUGGCGGCACGUGGCCACCGUGUGAUGGUGGUGGCGCCUCGUUACAUGAAUGGCGUCACGGACAAGCUCUACGCUGGCGCGUUCGAUUGCCAGUGCCGCAUCAAGUGCUUCCUCUUCGAGGGCGAGCACGAGGUGGCCUUCUUCCACGAGUUCCGUGAUGGGGUUGACUUCGUGUUUGUGGACCACCCGUCCUACCACCGCCCAGGCACGCCCUAUGGCGACUCCAGAGGGGCGUUCGGCGACAAUCAGUUCCGGUUCGCGCUGCUGUGCCAUGCGGCAUGUGAGGCGCCUCUGGUGCUGCCGUUUGGAGGGUUCACGUACGGGGAGAAGGUGGUGUUUGUCGCCAACGACUGGCAUGCCGGGCUCGUGCCUGUCCUUGUGGCCUCUAAAUACCGCCGCUACGGCGUGUACAAGGACGCGCGCACCAUCAUUGCCAUUCACAACCUGGCCCACCAGGGCGUGGAGCCCGCAUACACCUUUGGCAGCCUGGGCGUGCCCGGGGAGUGGUACGGGGCGCUGGAGUGGGUGUUCCCCGAGUGGGCGCGGAAGCACGCUCUGGACAAGGGCGAGGCAGUGAACAUCCUCAAGGGGGCCAUUGUGACCGCCGACCGCGUGCUCACUGUUAGCCAGGGUUAUGCGUGGGAGAUCACGACAGGGGAGGGCGGAUGGGGCCUAGAUGGACUGCUGCGUGGAAGAAGCAUUGUGCUGAAUGGAGUGACGAAUGGCAUAGACACCGUUGACUGGAACCCAGCCACGGACAAGCACAUUCCCUCACAGUUCACAGCAGAGGACUUAGAGGGCAAGGCGGAGUGCAAGGCAGCGCUGCAGAAGGAGCUGGGGCUGGCCGUGCGGCCUGAGGUACCCCUGAUUGGGUUCAUUGGGCGUCUGGACUGGCAGAAGGGGCCGGACGUGAUUCAAGCAGCGCUGCCUGAGCUUAUGACCGACAACGUGCAAUUCGUGAUGCUGGGCAGUGGAGAGCCGGACCUGGAGGCAUGGAUGAAGUGGGCGGAGAGCGCCUACCCCGACAAGUUCCGAGGCUGGGUGGGCUUCUCUGUGCCCAUGGCGCACCGCAUCACUGCUGGCUGCGACAUCCUCCUCAUGCCGUCGCGUUUCGAGCCGUGCGGGCUGAACCAGCUGUAUGCAAUGCGGUACGGAACGGUGCCAGUGGUGCACGCAACUGGCGGGCUGAGGGACACGGUGGAGGAUUUCAACCCGUUCGCCAACGGGGGUGCAGGCGCCGGCACGGGGUGGUCCUUCUCACCUCUCACCCAGGAAGCCAUGAUGGGGGCACUGUGGACGGCCAUUCAGACGUACCGCUCCGCUGUGGCAAAAGCAGCGGCUGACAGAGGCAUUGACGUGGUCAGCCUGAGCAGGUCCGGCCGACCCUCCGUCUCCAACGAGACGUGGGUUAACAGUGUCACAUGGGAGACUGGCGACGUGUUCUCCGCCAACUGGACUGUGCUUCUAACGGAUGUGACUGUAGUGGUGUCCUGCAUCGGGGGGUUCGGCACAGACGAGCAGAUGGAGCGGAUCAACGGAGAUGCUACAGUGGUUGCGGUUGAAGCAGCUAAAGACCGUGGCGUGCGCAAGUUUGUGUUUGUGUCGGUGCACGAUUACAACCUGCCCGAUUUUGCCAAGGAGAAUGGAUAUUUUAAUGGCAAGAAAAGAGCCGAGACGGCGGUUCUUGAUGCGUUCCCCAACACAGGAGUUGUGCUGAGGCCGGGAUUUAUCUACGGAAAAAGGCGGGUAGCAGGGGGUGUGGAGGUUCCGCUCGAUCUGAUUGGCCAGCCGUUGGAGAAGCUGCUGUCAGCCACUAAGGAUAUCACAAAGCUAUUUUCCCCUCUUCCAGCCUCCGACCUGCUUUUAGCGCCUCCUGUAGAUGUUGCUGAUCUUGCAGCUGUAGCGGUGCGAGCCGUCGUUGAUGACUCGGUUGCAGGGGUAUACAAUAUUGAGGACAUCAAGAGGCUGCAGUGCUGGUGCUGCCUUGCUGUUCUAUCAUUAAGAAUUAAAUAUGGCCCGGAAAAAGAUCCGAGAGUGGCUCUUGACCUGGACUUCGCAGGAGUGGAGGCGUUCGUUAAGAGCAAGCUCGGCAAGGAGGUGGAGAUGGGGCAGUCCAAGGGCCCCAUCACGACGUUCAUAGUGGAGCCGUUCAUCCCGCACAAGGAGGAGUACUACCUUUCCAUUACCUCCAAGCGCCUGGGUUGCGACGUGUGCUUCUCCGAAUGCGGCGGCGUCAAUAUCGAGGAGAACUGGGACAAGGUGAAGACCAUCUUUGUGCCCACAGAGUCAGAGCUCACAUCAGAGCUCUGUGCGCCGCUCAUUGCGACUCUGCCCCUCGAGGUCCGAGAAAGCAUGGAGAAGUUCAUCAAGGGUGUCUUUGCUGUCUUCAAAGACUUGGACUUCACGCUGAUUGAGAUGAACCCGUUCAUCGUCGUCAACGGGGAGCCCUUUCCUCUGGACAUGCGUGGCGAGCUGGACGACACUGCACAGUUCAAGCACUUCCAGAAGUGGGGCGACGUGGAGUUCCCUCUCCCCUUUGGCCGCACCAUGUCUCCUUCGGAGGAGAGGAUUCACGAGAUGGAUGAGAAGACGGGGGCCUCGCUCAAGCUCACCAUUCUGAACCCCAAGGGCCGCAUCUGGACCAUGGUGGCAGGGGGAGGGGCUUCCGUCAUCUAUGCCGACACUGUGGGGGACUUGGGCUACGCACAGGAGCUGGGCAACUAUGCAGAGUACAGUGGAGCGCCAAACGAGGAGGAGACGCUGCAGUAUGCUCGCAUCUUGAUUGACUGCGCCACAGCCAAUCCCGAUGGCCGUCCACGUGCGCUGCUGAUUGGUGGAGGCAUCGCCAACUUCACAGACGUGGCCAAGACGUUUUCCGGCAUCAUUCGGGCGCUCCGAGAGAAGGAGCGGCAGAUCAAGGAUGCCAAGGUGCGCAUCUUUGUGCGGCGUGGAGGGCCCAACUACCUCAAGGGGCUUGAGAAGAUGCGUGAACUCGGCACCGAGAUUGGCAUCCCCAUUCAGGUGUAUGGUCCUGAAGCCAGCAUGACCUGCAUCUGCAAGGAAGCGAUUGAUUACGUGGCCUCAGCUGCUGCCUGA